UGGGAAAUGCGUUACUACCUCGUCGAUUCAGCCGUCAAGCGGAUGCCGACAGAAGCUUCGUGCUAGAGCAAGGGUCGCUUUCGUGGCAAAUCGCACGUCGCAAAACCAUAACGUUCGACCCGGAUUCGAUGGAGGUGUCGAUAUGGAACACGUGGCUUCUCCUCCUUGUGCUCUAUGACGCGUGGGUCGUCCCGUUACUCCUGUGUUUCUACGUGAUCGAUCCCGAUGUUUGCCACGAAACCUGGCUCACCACAGUCGUCAUGGCGUUUGACCUGUUCUUUGUCGCGGAUAUCUUUGUCCAAAUGCACAUGGGGUACUACAUUGCUGGCGACCUCGUGCGCUCCCCGGCCAGCACCCGUCGGCGAUACCUGACGUCGUUCCAGUUUCCCGUGGACGUGAUCGCGUUGAUUCCACUGCCGUUUUUCAACAUUCCAUUCAACCAUGGUUGUGGCUUGGUCCUCCUCAACAAGUUGUUUCGCUUACGAAGCAUCUUUGCGUACACGCUUGACUUUGACAAGGUGUUUGCCAUGUAUUUCAAGUUUUGCAAAGUCGUAAAAGUCGUCGUGGUAUCGUUCUACAGCAGCCAUUACAUGGCUUGUGUGUAUGUGGCGUUUGGAGAGUCGGGGGGCGGUCACGGGGACGAGAACGUGUGGAAGAUGCGCCACCACUCGGACGAUGGACACCAUCGCCUCCCCACCGAGUACUUUUCCGCCCUCUUCUGGUCGCUCGGGAUCGUGUCCAAAUGCGUCGAAGGCGAAACACCUCGGACGCUGCUUCAGUCGGCGUUCAUGGCGGUCGUCAUGAUGGGCGGGUUCUUGCUCUUUGUGUACAUUUGCGGCACUCUCUUUAUGAUUUCCAAAUGCGACGCCAACAGCUCGGAGCGAUUUGACGCCAAGCUGAACCAGCUUCGCUACGUCCUGUCUUUCCACCACGUUCCCCACAACAUCCAAGAGCGCGCGAUGGAAUUCCUCGAGAACGGCUUCAAAAGCGGCGACGCCAACGACCGCACCACGAUGAAGCUUCUCUGUCCGUCGAUUGCGAAAGACGUCAAGUUUACCCUCCUCAAGGCGAUGGUGGCCAACGUGCCGUUUUUCAAGUGCUGCAAUGCCGCCUUCACCCGCGCCCUCAUUGACCUGAUGGAGACGCAGUCGCUGCCGACCAACUACCUUGUCUGCAGCAAGGGAGAGCAAGGCGAAGACAUGUACUUUGUACAGUCGGGCGUGUUGGCCGUCCUGAUCGACAACAUCAAGGUGCGCGAACUACGAAAGGGUGGGUUCUUUGGCGAAUUGUCGCUGUUCACCAACCAAGUUCGAACGGCCAACGUGGUCACGGCUACGUUUUGCAUUGUCCAUCGGCUGUCGCGAUCGCACGUCCGCCGAGUGUUGCGCGCGUACCCGCAAUUCGAAACGCAAAUCCUGGCGUGUGUCAAGGCCCUACUCGAGGAAAUGGACCUCCACAACGAUCAACUCGCUCGACGGUUGAGCUCGAUGCAACUGGAAUCGGUCAACAAGCGAGCCCAAGCCUACGGGAACUUUGUCAACCACGACGUUCCGUCGAUGGAUGCAUCCAGUAAACGCCGUUUGAGCCACCGCUUUGUCGAGACAAUCCCAGCGAUGCCGACGGCGAUUGACGCUGGACCUACGAUGCAGUUUACCUUUGGAGACGCGACCGUCGUCGCCCGUACAAAGGUGUGGUGGAAAAAGACAUUGAAAAUGAAAUGGAAACAAUUGUUGCUGCCGUCGGCCAUCAACCGCAAAGCUCGUGUUCGACUCGUCUGGCUUCUCUGCGUCAUGGCCACGUCGUUGUACAAUGUCGUGACGGUGCCGCUGAUCAACACGUUUGAACUGAUCGGAUACCCCUUGUCCAUCCUCCUCCUCAACACGUUGGCGGACGCAGUGCUUUGGCUGGAUAUUUACGGCAAAUUCAACUUGUCCUUUGUCGAGGAGGCCGAGCAGAUCAUGGACACGGCCAAGUGCGCACAGCACUACCUACGCACAUCAUUUUACUUUGAUGUCAUGUGUGCAUUGCCAUGGUGGAUGGUGUAUCCUCCGCUGCACCUCAAGUUUCGAUUUGCCCGAAUUCUUCGGUUCUACACUUUCUCGGACGAACUCGAGGAAGUGGCGCUUUUUGUCCGGAUCAACAGUCGGCGGCGCAUCUUCGUGCUCGGGGUUGGACUGUUCCUGUGCUACCACAUUGCGGGCUGCAUGGCACAUGCCCUCGUGUACGUGUCAGGAUUUGGCGAGAACAACCAUGGAUGGCUUCCACCCAAGUCGCUCCAACUCGAGAAAAUCCUAAACAAUACCACGGGGGAGCUGGUGGGGUAUACCUUUGGAGAGGACGACCGAUUCGUCGCUGUCGACGAUGCGUUGGUCAGCCACGUCCUUCUCAACCAGUAUUUGCGAGCUCUUCAGUACGGCGCGGUGUGCUUGACGAAUUUGGGGCGGCCGUUGGAGCCCGAGAACCUGUGGGAGUUCAUCCUUGCAUUCGUGCUCAUGUUGUGUGGCAUGUUAGUCAUCUCGAUCAUCAUCGACGAAGUUCAAAAACGAGUCACGGCAUCCGCCGUCGAACAAAUGGAGUUUCUGUCGACGCGGUCGCGGAUCUUACACUUUUUACACAAACAAAAAGCCCCCGUCGAGAUGCACCGCCGCGUGGCAUCGUACUUGGACUUUUGGUGGAGUGCCCAUCGAGGCGCCAACAUCAAUCAGCUCCUUAGCGAGCUGCCCAACAGCAUGCAGCGCGAGAUCUACGGAUUCAUCUGCUCCCCCGUUCUCGACGUGAUCGAGCGAAUCGACAAAAUCGGCGAAAACAUCGAACGCGUGACGGGCAUUCUCCUCGACAACUUGGUCAUUCAGUUGUACGGACAAGGCGAAAUGAUCUACCGCCGCGGGGACUAUGCUGAUGCGCUGUUGAUCCUGCUUGUUGGGCAGUGUGGUGUCGGACACAACCCUCGCACGUCGGCAACGCGACCCGUCCGAUCGCUGAAACACGGAGACUUUUUUGGUGUGUCGAGUUUGAAUCUCGACAACGAGAACGUUGUGCAUAACGACCAAGCCCUCGCCCGAAGUGCGUGCGUGGUUGCGGUCGUGUCUCGCUCGACGCUGGCGCUCAUAAAUCAAGCGUUUCCGUCGUUCUGUGACGCCCUCAUGGUUCGGGAAACCAAGCGAUUUGGCGAACACCGCGCCUUGUCCAAGUUACUCGAUCCGCAGGAACUUGUCGCGCUCGGGUCAAAGAAGAAACCGUUCGUGAUCAAUCCGGACUCGACCUUUUCCGUGUCGUGGGAGACGCUGCUCUUCUUUGGCAUGGUUUUCCAAAGCAUCGGUGUGCCAUUUUACAUGGCGUUUGGGUUUAACGAACAAGACAUCGGACCGUCCGAUGGACUCUCGAUCGUGCUCGAGACAUGCUUUCUCGCCGACAUCUUCUUGAAAACCCGGACGGGGUUUCACUUUUACGGCAACAAGGUUAUGGACAGGACGCGAAUCCAACAGCGGUACCUGCGGUCGCUCCAUUUUGUCAUUGACGUGCUCGCAGUCAUUCCACUAAACUUGGUAAACGUGACGCGGGACCAGCGAUCCGAGGCGUGGAACAUCAACAAGCUCCUGCGUCUGUUCAAGCUGUCGUCGCAGAUCGAGCACUUGGAGCGGCACUACUACACGAUCAACAUCCAAAUUCGGAUUUUCAAGCUCGUGUUUUACAUCUACUUGCUGGCGCAUUACAUUGGGUGUACGUGGUACAACUUUGCCAGCAACGCGUCGACCUUGUUUGGAUUCAUUCAAGAGACCCAGUUUGGCAAAGACCCGUGGCUUCCUGGCACAGAGCUCGACGUCGCCAACACCGACCUCUCGACAUUGGGCAAAUACUUUCACGCGUUGUAUUGGGGCAUGGGACUUCUGCUCGGGUUUGAACCAGGUCAAUACCCCGAAACUCCGAUCGAAUACGUGUAUACGAUGGUCGCCCAGACUUUUGGCGUGUUCUUGCUGGCGUAUGUGGUCGGAAACCUCCUCGACAUUGUCCAAGUCAUGGAAGGCAACAACCGCAUGUUCUUUAGCAACCUCAACUACGUACGCAAGCUGACAACGUACUUUCAGUUUACCGACGACGUGAAGGCCAAGAUCCAGCACUUUUACUUUUAUCGGUUGUUCCACAGCAUCCACGAAGAGCACGUGCUGGCGCAUUGCUUGGCGCCGUCCCUCGUUGCCGACAUUCGCCUUUUCCUCCUCACGCCCAUGCUCAAGAAAGUCCCGUUCUUUCGCGACGAGAACGCCAGCUCUAACGUGACGCGGUCGCUCGUUCGCCAGCUUUCCCAAAUUCUCGUCACGCGUGGCGAAGUCGUGUGCCGACAAAACGAAAUUGGGAUCGAAAUGUACUUUAUCUUUACGGGGUGCCUGGAAGUGUUUGUGGCGACCGAAGUUACAUUUCACGAAGUGGAUUCGCCCCAUAUCGGGUUAAAAGUAAACGAGCUGCAGGCAGGGUCUUUCUUCGGCGAGAAAUCACUCUUUUCCGAUCAACCCCGCAACGCGACGAUCCAGGCCAAGACGUUUUGCACGUUGUACCGGCUGUCCCGGAAGCACCUCGAGUCCGUGUUUGCCCAGCACCCCGAGUGGAAGGUCACCGUCAUGGAAAUUGUGAGCGCCAUUUACGAAAAGCAGCAAGCCCAAAUCGAGCAAGACAAGCACGACAAAGCCCAUGGCGAGAGCGAAGCGCGCGUGAUAAACAGUCGACGGAGCCUCCAGGAUGACCAGGACCACCGGAAUAGCAGCCAUCUUGCAGGUCGGUUGGCACGACAGUCGUCAUCCAAAACAGAAACGGAGCACGCCGCGUCGGCGUCGGUGGUGAAUUCAUGGUUCCGAAGCACGAUGCGACUGCUCAAGGUCGUCGAGGUCCAGUCGAGGUUUUACGUGCGGUACUUGAAUAUUUUGUCCGUGUCGUUGUUAUAUACCGCCCUCAGCAUCCCGUACUUUAUCACAUUUGGUCGUGGCCAAGAAAGGACGCACAUCUCGAGGGUCAUGUUGGUUUUGGACAUCGUCACGGACAUUGUGUUUACGUUUGACAUUUGGUUCAAGUGGAACUUGGUCGAGACGGUGGCGUCACGGGAGUUCUACGAACACCGUAUCACGCGGGACAAGACUGGCGUCUUUGUCGAUAUCGUGACAGUACUCCCGAUCGACUACAUCUAUUCGUCGGUCGUAACCAACUCGGCACUGCUGCGCAUCAACCGUUUUCUCAAACUUCGUCAGCUCACGCACACCAUCAGUGAAAUCCACCGCUUCAGCAUGUCGUACGAACUGAAUCGGCUCAAGCUCCUGGCGCUGUACUAUUUUAUCAUUUGCUACUGGACCGCGUGCGCGUACUUUGGACUGACGAUCGUCGUUGGUUUCUCGGCCGAGUGGAAUUCGUCACUUCCUGUCGAAUACUUUGACUCACUCAACCACAAGGACGACUACGACCUCGAGUUUGCCAUCCACCAAUUUUUGCGGUGCUUUUACUACGCUGCGACGAUCUACACGGGGGCAGGGCUCGUCAAUGAACCCCAUGCAGCCAUCGACUUUAUCUUCCUCUUCGUUGUGACCGUGUUCGGGAUGUUCUUGAUGGGUUAUGUCAUCGGCGAAGCGUCGACGUUGUGUAUUUACCUCAUUCAGAAUGAAGUCGAGUUCAAGAUCAACCAAAUGAACAUAAUGGAGUUCUUGGUUCGGAAGCGCAUGGAUAGGUCCGUGCACUCGCGCGUCCACAUGUACCUGUCCUAUUGGUGGUCGACCCAGCAAGGCGUAGCGUACCAAACGAUUCUUGAGCAACUCCCGCCACGAAUUCGGUCGCAAGCGUAUAUCCAAAUGGCCCGCUUGAGUCUCGCGCGGUUUUCCAUGCGGUACAUUCGCCCGUUGUGCGACGCGUCCAUGGGCGUCGACCUUGUCAUGCACAGCAUUGCCAACCGUUUGGUUUUUGAAAGCUAUCCCGCGGGCGAGUCUGUCAUCGUUCAAGGCAAUAUUGGCCAGACCAUGUAUUUUGUGUCCAAGGGCAACCUGGUCACGGCGUCCGCCGCACCAGACUUUUCCUCGACUCGAUAUGUCGAUGGUCAAUUCUUUGGCGAAGAGGGGUUCCUGGCGUCGAGUUUUUGUCGGCAUUCUGUCGUGACACUGCGAGCUUGUGACUUGCUUGCCCUCACGUCAUCGGAUUUUCUCAUGGCGCUCAGCGAGCACCCUCACUUUGCCGAAUGCGUCGCCAUUGCAUGGGACACGAUUGUCAAUCAUAACAUUACGCUCAAGGAAUUGCAUGGCGCAAGCGAUGUCGGCGACUGUGUGUACAACAUGAUGGAACGAAAAAAGGCAGAGUUGCAGCAUGUCAAGAUGUCGUCGAUUGACCGCGCCGAAGUCAUGUUUCGCCAUUUCCUUCGGCUGUUUGUCCGCCAAAUGCCCGACAACUUAUUGCACGAUGAACAUGCCAUGCCCCACGGAACACAAGCCCAGUGCCAACACUGCGAAGACCUGCUUGCGACACUGUAUUGCCGACUGUGUCCACAAGGGCUAUGCGACGACUGCUCUCGGCAAAUCCAUGAAAACACGCACUUUGCCCACCAUCUCGAUUCCAUUACGAGAUUGCACACGCAGGAACCGCCCACUCCAGCACGGUCGUCGAGCAGCUACGGUCUCGCGGGCAUAGUGCAGUCGCUUCAAAAGUUCAAAAAGAAUCACGUGAUGCCGGCAACUCAAGUCGCUGGAGACACGUCGCCACGAUUCGCGUCAAAACACGUGAUUGCGAUUCCAAGCACCAUGGUGACUGAGGCGGACGCGCGUAGCGACACCGUCAAGAACAUCCAACGCGCCAACUCUCGCCGAGGGUCGAGGAAACACUCGGUCACGCGCCAUACCCCCCCGAUCGCGCCCGGUCACAUUAUGCCCGACGCCCUUGUUGACGAAUUCAAGCGCGGCAUGCUAAACAUACCAAGACCAAACAUCGACAUACGAUCGUCAGCUGACGCAGCGCCAGUCACUGCCGAGUCUACCUUGCUUCCGCCACCUCCCCACUCAACUGGCGCAGUGGCCUGCGCCACGGAUUCGCUUCAACUGUCCAUAGGUGGGGACCCCGACGUUUUGACGACGUCCUCGUAGUACCCACGUGGUGUUAAGAUCAAUGGCAGUACUGGUCAGAUCGAG